AUGGCCAUGAUUUGUGUCCUUCAUGCCUUGGCCUGCAUGAACUGUAGCUUCAUGCCCCAGGCAGUAAGGGCAGCCAGACUAGCUGAGGUAGAGCAACUGUUGAGCCUUGCCCUGUCACCCAACCAUUUGACCCCAGCCCAGCCACCACCUCAUACUCAGUCUGGCGAAUCUAAGCAUCGGGUUGCUGAGACCACAGGCCCCACCCCCAGGAAGAAGGUUAAAGGGUCCAGCCUUGCUUCCAAGGUGGAAAAAUUAAUGGCAGAGCUUGAUAGCAUGAAAUCUCUCUUCUUGGCCUUCUGGUCUGGGACUGGUGCAGAGGUGCCAGUUGCUCCUGAUCCUUCGGUAGCCAUCUUGGAGCCGGAGGAUGAUGUGCUUUCCACAGCAGUGUUGGCUACUGAGUUUGCUGAAUAUGAGCCAGAGGUGGUCCCACAGGAUGUUGCCUCCUGUGCUUCCGUGGCAGGCUACUGUUCAUUGACCCACAGCUCUACUGGUGGCUCUAAGGAUGGUUCAGUGGGAGCUAUCAUUCCUAUGGCCUUGGCGUGUCUACAGUUGGUUUUACCACAAACCCAGUCGAUUCCAGCUAGUGCCUUCUUCAGGUGUGGUCCGGCCCCCGCUAAAUUCACUGUGACCUCAUCAAAGGACUAUCUGAAGGAGCUGCAUGCUUGCUGGAGGAAUUUUGGGGCCCUAUCCCACGCAACAUCUGACAGCCAGGCCCUGGCAGCACCCAAGUUUGGCUUGGGUUGCAUGCCAGCAAUUGAGCCAACUAUAGCUGCUCUAAUUGUCUCCCCUUACGAAGCUCUGAGACCGGACGCUAGGUGUCCUCGCCCGCAGUGUCGGGUUAUGGAUGACCUGCUUUCCAGAGCUUAUGAUGCAGCAGCGCAUGUGGGACGCAUAGGUAAUUCUAUGUCCCACCUGCUGCUCGUGCUAUCAGCAUCCCUGCAGGAGGCUACAGUGGAUCCUUCCAUCCAAAAAUUCAGUGAUGCUUCAUUACAAGCAUUCGCACUGAUGUCUAGAGAACUUGGGCGGCUGAUGUCCACACUCGUUUAAGCUCGCCGCCAGGUUUGGCUGGCAAAAUAUCCUCUCACAGAGGCAUGCAGGAGAACCCUCCACAGUGUUCCAGUGGAACCUAGAGAGCUUUUUGGCUCAGCGGCUCUUGAGGAGCUUGAGUGCAGUCCAAACCAGACAGAUAAGACAACAGCUGUCAGGUCUUCAGAGGAUUGCGCCUCCUCCUAGCAGGCCUGGGGGUUCUCCCACUGCCCCCCAGCAUUGCUCUCAUCUACAGGCCCAUAUCAGUGGCUACCUUGGACCUCAGCACCCACAGCCUGCUCAGCAGCAGGCGCAGGACUUUUGGGCCCAGGGCGACUGGCCUCUGAGUGACCUCAGGUGUCACAUGCUGCCCGUCGCACCCCCUGAGCCUCUAGAGGUCAGGGGACCCCAUGCUAUGGCCUAG